AUGUUGAUCCUCCCUCCCUCCAAGCGCAUCUCAGUGCAUCCCAGUAGUACACACUCAAAGACUCCUCCCCCAUCUCAACCAAAAUGUUGCCUAAUCCGCCGAGAAAGCACACAGCAUGUACCCAAUAGUGAGGAAGAAAGUUUGUCCAGUGAUUAUGGCAUGGAGGUGGAUGAAACUGGAUCCCAGCCUACUAUUGAAGAUAUAGGAUCCCAGUCUGUUGAAGACAUGAGAUCUCAGCCAUAUCUGAAUUUUGAUGCAGAUUCCAACAUAGAAGUCAGUGUAGGCUCACCAGAAGUCAAUUCUGCACUUACCACAGGCAGUCAAGCUAUUUGUGAGCCGAUCAACAAGGACCAGCCGCUGCAGCCAGUGCAGAAGAAAAAAAAUAGGGCAAGGGCCCUGAUCAUUGAGUCCAGCAACGAAGAAAUGGAGCAACCUAAGAAGAGGAAGAAAGACAACAGCAGGGAGGCUGUCAAGGCGCUAAGGAAGCAGCUAACUGCCUCAAACAGUCCUGUGGUGGGAAAUUGUAUGGCUAAAUCUGGUGUUUCUGAUGGCAAGCAGAAGCCGCGUGAUAGCAUCUCAUCCACCACUGCUACCAUCAGAGACUUGGAGGCCCCAAAACUCAAGGGUCUAGUCAACAACUGGGCUUCAAAGCCACAACUGCAAGAAGAUAACACUAUAUACCAUGAUAGCAGUUUUGAGGACAAGGAUGAAAGUGAAGAAUGUGCAGCAAUAACUGGGAAGCAAAGGACAGAUAAUUUGAAGAUGAUCAAAAUUGAAGAAAAUACCCUUAUCACUAAGCUCACCAAGGCAAAAAACAGCGAUCUGCCCCAAGGAUGUCUUCAAGGAAAUUGGUGGCGCUCUGUCUUCGUACCAACAUACAAGAAAUUGUUGGGAACAACUGAGAAUCCCUGGAUGGCAAGUGAUCACAAGUCCUUGGAAGCUAUCCAGGCUACCUGGAAUACCAUCUAUCCAGAUAUCAACACUUACAUUGAGCCAGAUUUCAGCACCUACAAAGCACGUCAAGAAUUCUCAAAAUCAAUGGUUAGCGAUCUUGCAUUUUUAUAUGCAAAUCUUGGCAACAAAAUAUCUACAUUCGCGCCCCACCUCAACUCAAUCAAUGGCACUAUCAAUGUUGAGGCCCUUUGCGAACCUGGUACACAUGAACAAUCCUCAGACACAGAUAAAUUCCCACCUCUAGGCACCCUAGCAAUGUUGGCCGCAGCUGCAAAACUGAUCAAAUCUUAUCUUAAGCCCAUCCCAAAACUCAACAAGGCGACGGGCAAAGAAACCAGCAGCCAUGGGAAUUUCUCAGAAACUAACUGGGGUACAGUGACACGGAACUAUCAUACCUCUAUGAAGAAGCUCCAGCUGGGCACACUUGAAGACAUUGUGGAACAAGCCCAGCAUGUUCAGACUCACACCCCGCUCAUUUUGUUUGUUGCAGCUAAUCAGUAUACCAAUCCACUGGUCAUUUUGUCUGAAAUUUUGAAGGUGUUUUUGUAA